UAGCCAAUGCUAAACUUCAAAACACAUCUACCCCUCCAUCUCUCAAUCUUGCCCAUCCUUCUAUCUUUCUUAACCCAUCCCUCCCUACUCAAAGAACAAGUCCUGACUUUCUACCUCCAGAUGCUCAGCCAGCACACAGAAGUAUGACUUGACCAACCAGACUAGCAGAUAAGAGGAAUACCAAUAUGUCUGACAAACUCUCAGAAAAAUUAGAUAAGCAAGAAGUAAUCCGGACCGAACAGGAGGCUGAAGAUGAAGUUAGAAAGGAAGAAUUCUACAAGCAGAUCAAGGAAGAGCACAAGCAGUUCAUUUAUAAGAUCAACUCAUUGGAAAAAGCACUCAAAGCAGCCAGCACUUCCAGCUCGGAGGCUCUUUCCAAACACUUUGCUUACCUAUAGAAAGACAGGAUUGAGUUCAAGGAGAACCUUGAAAAUAAAUUUAAAAAGAGAAAAGACGAUCUUGAGAAUGAGCACAAGAACUUCAAGGCCAACCAGGCAAAUCUGAAUGGGGGAAUUUACAAGCUCAAAUCCACAAUAGAGAACCUCAAGGAUGACCUUAUGAAGCAGAAGUGGGAGUACACCAGGGAAGAAGCCAUCAUUAACCAGAAGUUGGUCUUUAAAGACGAGAAGAUUUCUGAGCUGCAAAAGACAAUCAAAGAGAGCUCCCAGGAGUACCAAGAGAGGCUUGAUUCUCUCAGAUCGGACUUUUACAGUCAAUCCCAGCAAAAAAUGACCUAUCUGAAGGAGGAGAACCAGAGAUUUAACGAGAAGCUCGAAGACAAGGCUGCCAUACUGAUAAACUUCGAGUCAAAGAUCAUCCGUCUUAAAAGUGAACAAGAGAAAGAGACCCUGAUUUCAAGAUAGAAGGUUUUGUCGCUUAAGAGCCAGCUGAGCAUGCUCAAAGAGAAGUACAAUAAAGAAAUUGAAGUUAUUAACUUCGAGAGCCAGGACACCAUUGAGCAGCUAGAUAAUAAAGUAAAACAACUCGUCAAAGAAAAUGAGGACUUGAAGAUAAAGCUCAUUGAUUGUGAGAGAGACUACACUGAGCUUCACAGCAAUUAUGAGCGGGAUAAAGCCUCCUGGGAUGAAAGAUGAGAGUUUAUCGAAAACCAAAGGAACCAAGCUAAGCAGGACCUCUAAGAUGCACACCAAAAGUUUGAGACAACAGUAGAGCAACUGCAACGGAAGGACUCUUCAGAGAGAGGGAAGACAGAGAGUGCCCAGUUGAUUCUGGUAAAUAAUAUUGAGAAAAAGUACAAGGAGCAGACCAAGGACAUUAACGAGUCACAUGCAUCCACUAUUUCGGAUUGGAGUUCUCACCACAAGAGCUUGGAGAAGAAAUACAAGGAACUGUGCCAGAAGUGCAAGAUAGAAUCCCUAGGAAAAAUCUCGGAGGGUUCUUCAUGGGAGUCUAAAAUCAGAGACUUGCCUGAGUCCGAGCAGUACUAUCAGGAGGAGAAUAAAUAAGCUCAAAUCUCAGCUUGACAAGCAAUUCUUGGAGAUCCAGUUACUGCUUGAAAAGGAGAAGAUCAAUUAUAAGCACAAUUUAGAGAUUCUUGAGAAGAAGUGCAAAGACUCCGAGUCCAAGAGAAGCCUCCAGAUAUUUGAACAUGAGAAGGAGAGACCCAAGUGGGCCUUAGAGAAGGAGAAAAUCAAGCAUGAGUACGACUUACUGAAGGACAAGAACAGGAAGUCGGCCAGUAAGAAGGAAAGCCUCGAAAAGGAGGUGGUGAAGGUCGAAACUGAUAUUAGAGAACCCCGUAAGGUCAUACAUAGUGGGGGCGUUAGCUCCUCAACAGCUACUAAGGAAUUGGCUAAUAAGAAAGUCAGGACUACGAGCAAUGUAGAUUCUUAGUCAGGCAAGAGUUACAAGCCUUAUAGUAGGAUCUAUAAGAAGCCCAAGUAUUCUACCAAGAAUUAUAU